AUGGGCACCGCCGGAGAACCCGUCGAUAUCGUAACCGACCCGGAACCAGGACCCGAGACUUCUCUUAUCCGAUCAACUCCCAAAGAACCUUCAGAUUCCUUCCACUUCGCUUACAUCAUCUACUUCACACUCGGCGUUGGAUUUCUUCUUCCAUGGAACGCUUUCAUCACCGCCGUAGAUUACUUCUCUUACCUGUACCCUUCAACCGCCGUUGAUCGGAUCUUCGCCGUUGUUUACAUGCUCGUCGGUCUCAUCUGUCUUCUCGUCAUCAUCAUCUUCUAUGCUCAUAAGAGUCUCGCUAGCUUCAGAAUCAAUCUCGGACUCUUACUCUUUGUAAUCGCUUUGCUUGUUGUUCCUAUUUUGGAUCUAGUUUACGUCAAAGGUCAAGUCGGUUUAUAUGCCGGAUUCGAUAUCACUUCCGGUGCCGUUGCUCUCUCCGGUCUCGCCGAUGCACUUAUGCAAGGUGGUUUAAUCGGUGUUGCUGGUGAAAUGCCUGAGAGGUAUAUGCAAGCUGUUGUCGCCGGAACUGCUGGCUCCGGUGUUCUUGUUUCGUUAUUGAGAAUCUUGACUAAAGCUGUGUAUCCUCAAGAUCCUGAUGGGUUAAGGAAAAGUGCGAAUCUUUAUUUUGCUGUGGGAAUUGUUGUUAUGGUGAUUUGUACUGUGUUCUACAACGUAGCGCAUAGAUUACCGGUGAUUAAGUACCAUGAAGAGAUCAAGAAUGAAGCAUUGAUCAAAGAGAGUCAAGAGAAAGGUUCUUUAACCGGACCGGUGUGGAGGAAAACUCUCUGGAAGAUCGUGAAGAGAGUUAAAUCUCAUGGUUUUGGGAUCGUUCUAUUGUACGUUGUGACAUUGUCGAUAUUUCCUGGUUUCAUUACCGAGGAUGUUCAUUCAGAGCUUCUUGAAGAUUGGUACCCUAUUCUACUCAUUGCAGCGUACAACGUGUUUGAUUUGGUCGGGAAGUCUUUGACCGCUCUUUUCUUGCUGGAGGAUGAGAAAAUUGCUGUUGGUGGUUGCAUUGCUAGGCUAUUGUUUUACCCUCUCUUCUGGGGUUGCUUGCACGGUCCGAUGUUUCUCAGGACCGAGAUUCCUGUAGCUAUAUUGACAUGCUUAUUGGGACUCACCAACGGGUACUUGACGAGUGUCUUGAUGAUUUUGGCUCCGAAAUCGGUUCCAUUGCACCAGUCAGAGACCGCAGGUAUCGUCAUUGUGUUGUUCUUGGUUAUUGGUUUGGCCUCAGGGUCUGUCUUGGCUUGGUUCUGGGUCAUCUGA